UCUGCCCCAGCUACACUGUGCAACGAUGAAGGUCUUCCUGCUGUUUGGAUUGGUGGCAUUGGCCCUGGCCGAGGUCACACGCUUUGAGGGGGAGAAGGUGCUGCGCCUGAAGCCUGUGAUGGACGAACACGUCGUGCUCAUUAGGGAGCUGGCUGCCAGCAUCGAGGUCGACUUCUGGAGCCCCGACAGCGCUGAGAUGGUGACCAUCGACAUUGAUGUGGACAUCCACGUGCCGGCCGCCUACCUGGACCUGGUCAGCACCAUGCUGCAGCAGAGCGACAUGGAGACCGAGGUGCUGAUUGAGGACCUCCAGGUCAGCAUCGAUGCCCAGACCGGCCCCACUCCCAGGACCCACAGCUACACCAACUACAACAGCUGGGCAAGGGUCCAGUCUUGGAUUGCCGCCAUCUCCACCUCCAACUCUGCACUGAUCAGCAAGCAGUCGAUCGGCAGCACCUACGAGGGACGCCCCAUGACGCUGCUCAAGCUCGGCAAGAAGUCCAGUGUCACCAAGCCCGCCAUCUUCAUGGACUGUGGCAUCCACGCCAGAGAGUGGAUCUCUCCUGCUUUCUGCCAGUGGUUUGUGAAAGAGGCCCUGUCCACCUACGGAAGUGACUCCCAGAUGACCAGCCUGCUGGACCAGAUGGACGUGUACGUCCUGCCCGUCUUCAACAUCGACGGCUACGACUACACCCACAAGAGUAACAGGAUGUGGAGGAAGACCCGUUCCAGGACCUCGGGAACCAGCUGCCUCGGGACCGAUCCCAACAGGAACUGGAACGCGGGCUGGUGCACAACUGGAGCCUCCAGAAACCCCUGCAGUGAAACCUUCUGUGGCUCCAAGGUCGAGUCUGAGGUGGAGGUCAGGAACGUGGCCGACUUCCUCCGCAGGAACAAGGCAGACAUCAAGGCCUACCUGACCAUCCACUCCUACUCCCAGCUCGUGCUCUUCCCUUACUCCUACACCUACGACCUGGCUGCAGACCACAGUGAGCUGCUGAAGGUGGCUGAGGGCGCCUCGUCCGCUCUGCGCAGUCUGUACGGUACUCGCUACACCAGCGGCCCCGGAGCGGCCACCAUCUACCCUGCGGCCGGAGGCUCAGAUGACUACGCGUACGACAUCGGGGUGAAGUACUCGUUCACCUUCGAGCUGCGCGACACCGGCCGCUACGGGUUCCUGCUGCCCGCAUCCCAGAUCAAGCCCACCUGCAUGGAGACCAUGCUGGCCAUCAAGUACAUCGCCGCCCAUGUGCAGGAGAACCUGUACUAGGAGAGGACCC